UGACGUCUGCAGAAGACGGAACCAUAGAAGAAGAAGCUGCAGCUGUUGACGGAGCGAUCAGCUGACUGAUCCAAGCUCACCGUGACUCUUCAUCUUCAUCUUCAUCUUCAUCUUCAUCAGACGCUGAUCGCUCUCCACAGGGGGACACCAUGGCCUUCAUCACAGCCACCUGGAACCCGCUGGGAGAAGCUUUUUACCGGAAGUCCGAGCUGUAUGAAAUGUGUUGGAGUAUCAGAGAUGGACUCAGAGACAGUUUGGUGGCUGCAGCUCCGUAUGGAGGACCGAUAGCUCUCCUCAGAGAACCUCACAGACGUUCUCCCAGUACUCGUCCUCAGUUGGAGAUUUAUUCUGCGUCUGGAGUCUCCAUCACCAGCUUCCCUUGGAAGAGUGGUCCUGUGGUCCAGUUGGGUUGGACAGUCAGUGAUGAGCUGUUGUGUGUUCAGGAGGAUGGCUCGGUUCUGAUCUACGAUCUGUUCGGAUCCUUUAAGAGACACUUCAGCAUGGGCCAGGAAGUGGUCCAGAACCAGGUUCUUGAAGCCAAAGUGUUUCACUCUCCAUAUGGAACAGGUGUUGCUAUAGUAACUGGCUCCUUCCGCUUCACCUUAGCAACCAACAUCGACGACCUGAAGCUCCGGCGGUUACCUGAAGUCCCAGGUCUGCAGGGGAAGCCGCCCUGCUGGGUUGUCCUCACUCAGGACAGACAGACCAAAGUCCUCCUGUCCACCGGACCUGAACUCUACAUCCUGGACAACACGUCCUGCACUGCUGUGUGUCCUCCAGGUCUCAGUCCUCAGGCUGGCAGUGUUGUCCACAUGUCCGUGUCUUUCAGCUAUAAGUACCUGGCUCUCUUUACUGACACUGGACACCUUUGGACAGGCUCCUCCCACCUCCAGGAGAAACUGAGUGAAGUCGACACCAAGAAGUCAACGCCUCCCAAACAGAUGGUCUGGUGUCGCAGACCGAAGAGUCAGCAGCCGUCUGUGGUGCUGAUGUGGGACAAACUGCUUAUGGUGGCUGGAGUCUGUAAUGACACCAUCCAGUUCCCCAUCGAGGAUCCGUGUGUUUUGGUUGGAGAGCUCGAUGGAGUUCGUAUCAUCAGCUCGACCAAUCAGGAGCUGCUUCAGGAAGUUCCUCUGGUCUGUCAGGACAUCUUCAAGAUCGCCUCCAUGGCUCCUGGAGCUCUGCUGCUGGAGGCCCACAGAGAGUACGAGAAGUCGAGUCAAAAGGCAGAUGAGUACCUGAGGGAGAUCAAGGAGCAAAGCAUGCUGGGAGAAGCAGUCAGACAGUGUGUGGAGGCAGCGGGACACGAAUAUGACACCAACACCCAGAAAUCCCUGCUGAGGGCGGCGUCGUUUGGGAAGUGUUUCCUGACGGACUUCAGUCCCGACCCGUUCGUGUCGACCUGCAGAGAACUCAGAGUUCUGAACGCGGUCAGAGAGAGCAGCGUGGGGCUGCCACUGACACACACUCAAUUCAAACAGAUGACUCUACAGGUGCUGAUCGACAGGUUGGUGUAUCGACAGUUUUAUCCGUUAGCGAUAGAAAUCUGUCGUUACCUGAAGAUUCCAGAUUAUCAGGGAGUCAGCAGAGUCCUCAAACACUGGGCUUCAUGCAAGGUGCAGCAGAAGGACCUAUCAGAUGAAGCCAUAGCCCGAGCUGUGUGUGUGAAGGUGGGAGACUCACCUGGUGUGUCGUACUCGCACAUUGCAGCUAAAGCGUAUGAAUGUGGACGCACUGAGCUCGCCAUCAAGCUGUUGGACUUCGAGGCCCGGUCUGGAGAACAGGUUCCUCUGCUGUUGAAGAUGAAGAGGAGUCAGCUGGCACUCAGUAAAGCUGUGGAGAGUGGAGACACUGACCUAGUUUACACUGUGGUGACUUACCUGAAGAACGAGAUGAACAGAGGAGAUUUCUUCAUGACGCUGAGGAACCAGCCUGUGGCACUGAGCCUUUACAGACAGUUCUGUAAACUGCAGGAACAGGAAACUCUGAAGGAUCUUUAUAACCAGGAUGACGAUCACCAAGAGCUCGCCAACUACUAUGUGACUGCGAGUUACAGAGAAAAGAGGUUAGAGAGCCGUCUGUCUCUCCUGCAGAGUGCAGUAGAUGAAUACAACAAGGCGAAGAAUGAGUUUGCUGCAAAGGCCACAGAGGACGAGAUGCGUCUGCUUCGUUUCCAACGGAAACUGGAUGACGAGAAAGGCGCAGGGCUACUGGGACUGUCCCUACAGGCCACCAUGGAGGCUCUGCUGGCGUUAGGACUCCACAAACAAGCAGAACAGCUUUACAGAGACUUCAGAGUUCCAGACAAAAGGUAUUGGUGGUUGAAGCUGAAGUCUCUGGCAGAAAAGGAGGAGUGGGAGGAGCUAGAGAAGUUUUCAAAGAGCAAGAAGUCUCCUAUUGGCUACCUGGCAUUUGUUGAAGUUUGCAUGAAGUGUAACAACAAGUAUGAAGCCAAGAAAUACGUUUCCAAGGUGACGCCUGAGCAGAAGGUCAAAGCUCACCUGGCCAUCAGUGAUCUCGAGGGUGCGGCUGACGCCGCCAUCGAGCGCAAGAACGAAUCAGAGAUGGGCGUGGUCCUGUCCAGGUGCUCCGUCUCCGAUCGCUUGUUGAUUGACAGGUUGAACCGAGCCAGAGCGUCCGCUGCCAAAAAGUGAUCUUCCAUUCAGAGUGCAUGUACAUAGACGGCAGAACGUCUGCUGCCACAAAACGACCCUCACUUUACUCAGAUCUCAGAGCAGGUGUUACCAUGGCGACCACAGUCCACAUGCUUUGAUGUAAAUGGUGAUUGAUCAGCUGAUUUUCUUCUUCUGUGUUUAUGUGAAUAAAAAAGAACCGAAAUGAAGAAAUUAA